UAAAGUAAUUGGUUUACGUGAAAGUUUACAAAUAGUUUACAAAUUGCGGUUUUAUAUACUGGGCUUUUUAAAAAAAAUUUUUUUUACUAGUAAUGGUGGUGUUCAGCGACUUAUAACGGGAAUGCGGCUGUCAUUCUGACACUGGGGGGAACUGACUUGGUGUCACUGACAUCCCCAGUGACACCAAUACAGUGAUCACUGCUAAUAAAAAACACUGACACUGUACUAAUGGCACUGGGCAGGGAGGGGUUAACAUGUGGGGCAAUCAAAGGGUUAACUGUGUGCUGCUGUGUGUAUGUGCUUCACUGUAAGCACACUGCUUUCCAUGGCUGUGCUAUGCGCUGUGCUAUGCGCAGCCGUGCGAAGCAGUGUGCAAGAGCUGAC